AUGAGCGAGAAGACCCGUUUAAAGUGCACAAUCUACGUCGGAGGCCUCGACCAGGCCGUGACCGUGCAGACCCUGGCCGAGGCAUUCGUGCCCUUUGGAGAGGUCGUUGAUAUUACGCUACCGAAGCCCGACGUGCCCAACUCCAAUGAGCUCCAUCGCGGAUUUGGAUACGUGGAAUUUGAUCUUCCGGAAGAUGCGAAGGAAGCGAUUGACAACAUGGAUGGCAGUGAACUGUAUGGACGCACGAUCAAGGUUGCUGCCGCCAAGCCCCAGAAGGAUAGCAACGAAGGCCUGGGAAGCAAGACAGCUAUAUGGGAACAGGAGGGAUACCUGUCUAAAUACGCUGUGAGCGAGGAAGACAAACUUGGAGCCGAAGAGUCCCGGAUGGAUGAUGAGCCUUCUCAAGACCCCAUGCGACGGCUAGAAGAGUUAGAUGUUGCCGGCCCAAAGCCUGAAUGA